AUGCGAGUCUUUUCCCCCUUGGUUUUCGCCGCCUCGGCGGCCUGUGCCCAACCCCUCCUCGUUCAGGACUCCCCCGUCAUGCGCGUCCUCACCACCGACAACGAUUACGGCUUGAACCAGUAUGAAGCGUUUGGUGUGCCUGUCGAUGAAGCCGACUUUGAAGACGGUGAAAACGACUUCAACCACGGCGAAAAUGACUAUGACGGCCGUAACGGCAACCUGCACUAUGACGUCGCCGAAGGUGGCCAAGACGACGCCGACUUCGCCGAUUUCAGUCCGCGAGCUGGUGUGACAAGUGGCAGCGGUCUCCAACGAAUGGAGAUUAAGGCGAUGUCCACAUUGGUGGAACCAAGGGCGGACCUAUCAAACUUCGCCGUGGAGCUGGUGGUGCAAAGGCCGGAGGAGUCAAGCCUCGCCGUGGAGCUGGUGGUGCAGAGGCCGGAGAAGUCAAGCCUCGCCAUAGAGCUGGUGGUCCCAAAGCCGGAGGAAAACUUCGCUCUGGAACGGCUGGAAUAA